UCCAAGUGACCAUCUGUAACAUCUUACUUGUUACUACUACAACUGAACCAGCUACUACCACACCUGUACCCAGCAUCAUGCUCCUUGUCAGACUGACUGCGUUCACCUUGCUGGCUGCAGUUUGCUGUACACUACCAGCUGCAGCGACGAGAGUGGUCACCUGUGACAAUGGAGAAAACGUCCAGUUCCUGAUCUGUGAUUCUGGGGUGAUCUCCAUUGAGAGAGCUCUGUAUGGAAGGACUGACGGAACCACCUGCAGAGAAGGACGACCUGCCAACCAGCUGACCGACACACAGUGUUCACAGACGGGCACCCUGGAGGUCCUCUCACAGAGGUGCAAUGGGAAACAGGUGUGUGAAGUGAACACUGAAGUUUUCCGUACUUCUGACCCCUGUGUGGGAAUCUACAAAUACCUGGAUACCACCUACACCUGCAUCCCAGCAACACGCAGCAUCACGUGUGAAGGCUCUGAUGGUCUACUAGAAUGUGAUGAAGGGACGAUCCAGAUCUACAGUGCCAACUAUGGCCGCCGUGACCAGCUAGUGUGUUCCUUUAAUCGGCCCGCUAACCAACUAGCCAACACCAACUGCCUGAGCCAAUCCAUAACCACCAGUAAGGUGGCAGAGAGGUGUAAUGGGAAGAGCCAGUGUGACGUCACGGCGUCCAACUCUCUGUAUGGAGAUCCCUGUGUAGGGACCUACAAGUACCUGGAUGUGGCUUACACCUGUGGCUAAAUGUGAGGCACGCAUGCAUACGGAGAUCUUCUCUGAGGAACAAAGACCAGAGAAUAUCCUUGGAUAUCUUCCUCUUCAUUGGGUGGAUUUGUAUUUCUCUCCUGUCUUCUCUCCUCUGAAGUCUCAAUUGAGUGUAAAAUCAAUUUAAAUUCUAUGUAAAUUCAAAAUGUGUAAAUCCCAUUGAUUGUUUAUUUCAUCAGGCAUAAUUUGUGUGUAGUAAAAUCAUAAUGAGGCCCCUCUUGUGCUGCAGCAAUGCACGGUCAGGAGGAAGCAUGGAGAAAUUAAACAUUAACCCCAAAAAUAAACUAUUCUUCAAAUAACACUGACAUAAUACUUUGCAUUUUGUGUACUAAAAUAUUUCUUCAAAACAAUGUUCUCCAUGUUGAUUUUCUGAACUAAGGAGGUUGGUCUGAUUUUGACUGAGAACUGUGGUGGUUGGUCUGAAUUAAACUAAGCAGCAUAAAGACAAGA